CUAACCACGUGUUCAUUUUCACCUUUAAACUGUCAUGGCCGCCAUAUACAUUCUUUUUGCUUCCUUUUUUCUCUCUCUGCCUCUCUCUCAAGCCGGUGUUGUUGACUUGACAAGCAGUAAUUUUGACCAGGUUGUUGAUGGCUCAAAGGCUGCAUUUGUCGAAUUUUAUGCUCCAUGGUGUGGUCAUUGUAAGAGGCUAGCUCCCGAGUAUGAGAAGUUAGGUGCUGCCUAUGAGGGAUCCAAUGAUGUUGUCAUUGCUAAAGUUGAUGCUGAUGCCGACAGAACUCUUGGAGGACGUUUCGGAGUCCGUGGAUUUCCGACUCUAAAAUUUUUUCCAAAGGGAUCCACAACACCUGAAGAUUAUAAUGGUGGGCGUAGUGCUGAUGACUUCAUUAAAUUCAUUAAUGAAAAGACAGGAUCUAAUGCUGGGAUUAAGACUCCGCCUAGUGAUGUAGUAGUCCUUGAUCCAUCUAACUUUGACUCCGUUGCUCUUAAUAAAGACAAAGAUGUCCUCGUUGAGUUUUAUGCCCCUUGGUGUGGUCAUUGUAAAGCUCUCAUCCCUGUUUAUGAAGAAGUUGCAACUACUUUUAAGAAUGAUGAAAAUUGCAUUGUUGCUAAUGUUGAUGCUGAUGGUCACAGAAGUCUAGGAACCAAAUACGGUGUUAGUGGCUUUCCUACCAUCAAGUUUUUCCCUAAAGGCAGCACAGAACCAGAAGAUUACAAUGGUGGCAGAGGAGUUGAUGAUUUCAUCAAAUUCCUUAAUGAGAAGUGUGGCACACACAGAGUAAAAGGUGGAUCACUAUCUCCUGAGGCUGGACUAGUUGAUGAACUCAAUGACUUGGCAAAGAAGUUCAUGGCUGAGGCAGAUUCUCGUGAAUCCAUUUUAGAGGAAGCACAAACCAAAGCACAGGAACUGGAUAGCCCUCAGGCUGACUAUUAUGUUAAAGUGAUGAAUAAAGUCCAAGAGAAAGGAGAUUCUUAUAUUGAGACCGAGAGUGAGAGAUUAGGACGUAUGGUUGAUGGUAAGAAAGUGAGUGCCAAGAAAAGCGAUGAGUUCACUAAGAGGAGGAAUGUCCUGAGGAAAUUUGAACUCUAAAUAGUAAUAAAAGUGCCAAAAUUUUGUCGUUUUUUGUGUAGCUUUACAAUCUUUUGAUGCUAUUAAUUUCCUUUUCUUUUAUUAAAACUAAAAGGUUAUCAGUAA